AUGGAUCGCCUGAAGGCGAAGCGAAGUGCGCGGCGAGCUCAGACAACAAGGAUCGUCACCGAAGCUACAGCAGCCCUCGCCGACCCGAAUAGCACAGCGGAAGCCUGCAGCGCUCUCUUGGAACGCCUUGAGUCAUGCAGUAAGGAUCUCGGCAUUCUCGACAAGGAAAUCGAGUCCCAUGUUACGGACGAGCACAUGGAACAAGAGUACGCAGCAGUCUUGGAUUAUGAGGAUCGUGUGGUCCAAGCGACGGCGCUACUCAAGGCCAAUAUCAGAGGCCUGAUGGGGGCUGGACAGGUCACACAGCCGACUACGCCAUCGACUGGAACGAACGGUGGGAGAUCAAGCAGAAUAAGGUUGCCCAAGCUACAGCUGCAGACGUUCCGUGGAGAGCUGUCACAGUGGCUACCAUUCUGGGAGCAAUUCAGAGCAGCUAUCCACGAAAACGACGACCUUCCGCGAAGUGAGAAGUUUCACUAUUUACGGACGCUGCUGUCUGGUCCGCCGGCAGCUGCGAUUGCCGGACUGCAAGCCACAGAAGCAUGCUACCAAGACGCAAUCAAAAUACUGGAAAGUCGGUUCGGAGACGUGCGAAGGAUUGAGCAGGAUCAUCUUGUAAAUUUACGAAAUCCGCCAGUAGUGACGGCAGUAGACGACGUACGGGGACUAAGGAAGCUGUAUGACCACAUGCAAAGCCACAUUCGAGGUCUACAAGCACUGGGGGUUUCCACGGGCACGUAUGCAACGCUACUAGUGGACAUUCUGCUGAAGGCACUUCCCAGCGAGAUGGCCGUAGAGUAUCAUCGUCAGCUGGCGCACGACGGAAGGGCCGGCCAGCGGCAGGCCGCGGGAUCACAGCAUGACGCGGGUGAACAACGGCCCGACGCCUCCGCAACGACAGUGUCAGAGCUAGACAGGAUGUUGAACUUCCUUCGAGUAGAAGUCGAGAGCAGGGAAAGAACUGGAAGCAACAGCGCGAAGAAAGAGGACGCUAGUCGAAAGUCUAUAACAGAUCGUCGAGGAAGAAACCGACCAUCAGCAGCAGUCUUGCAUGCGGCAGCUAAGAGCGGACAUGGCUGCCUGUUUUGCAGCUCCGAGAACCACGGCACGGAGGUGUGCGACGGUCUAAUGGAUCUUGAACAAAAGAAGAAACUUCUGGCAUCACAAAGUCGCUGCUUCAGGUGCACAGUAAAGGGACAUCGUGCAAAGGAUUGCAGGAGGAAAGUACAGUGCUCAAAGUGCAAAGGCCGUCAUGUGACGUCUCUCUGUGACCCGAAAUGGCGCUCGUCAGCGGCGACACAGGUGAAGUCGGUAGAGACUACCAGCAUGUACACCGCAAGUACGGGUGAGGACACGAGGGAUAACGUCGUUCUUCUGCAAACGUUUCGUGCGUGGGUCAUCGCUGAUGACCGCUCGGUGUACAUCAGAGGGAUAUUGGAUGGCGGCAGCCAGAAGACUUUCAUCAGGCAAGACAUCUCCAGGAAAUUGAAGCUGCAAGUGCUGGGAGAAAUAGUUGUACGGCUGAACACGUUCGGUGAUGCCACAGGAUCAGAAACAGCUCACCGACACCGCCUGGUACAAGUACGACUGCGAAGUCAAUACGAUGAGAAGGAAUACCUGCUUGAAGCGGUGGAGAUCCCGUUCAUCUCCAAAGACAUCGUAGCAGCAUCCGUGAACGACAGUUUUGUGGCAGUAGUCAAAGCCGAGGGUGGAUGCAUCGCCGACGAGGUUUUCUUCGCUGGAGUAGAGGCCCAACCUGGAAUCGGGCUAUUGGUCGGAGCAGACCAAAUGUGGCGACUUCUGAAAACUGAGUUGAGACGCUCUGCUGGUUCUGAGAGCACAGUGGCUGUCAACACGCAUCUGGGAUGGACGUUCCAGGGACCCAGCCUACUGAAGUCAUCGGUGACUAAGGGUACGAAUGCUCUAACUUGCGUGCUCCACGUUCAAGCCACGACAGAGGGGCAUUGCCUCGACAUCAGGAAGUUAUGGGAGUUGGAGAGCCUCGGGAUCACCGACGACACAAGUGACAAGCGACUUGAAGAUGACGUGACCUUGAGGGACUUCGACAGCACAGUCGAAAAUAAGGAUGGUCGAUACCAGGUCGGCCUACCGUGGAAGGCAGACAGUACUUACCUGGGGGACAACCGCAAGGUAGCGGAGCGCAGACUUGAGAGCCUGGUGAAGAGGCUACGCUCCAACGAGAGUCAACUGCUUGGCUAUGAUGAAGCAAUGAGGAACUACUUGAUCCAAGGCCACGCAGAAGUGGUUUCCGAAGACGAGUGCACUUCCGCAGAACACAUUUACUACAUGCCUCACCAAGCAGUAUUCCGGGAAGAUUCGGCAACGACGAAGCUUAGGGUGGUCUUCGACGCGUCUUCUCACGCAACAGAUACCGCAUCGUUAAACGAGUGUUUGGAGAAAGGCCCGAAGCUUAACGCCGAAUUACUGCCACUACUCUUACGAUUUCGCACGGAACGGGUUGCUAUUGCUGCGGACAUAGCGAAGGCGUUCUUACAAGUCUUGGUGAGAGAGGAAGAUAGGGAUGCGCUGCGCUUCCUCUGGUUCCAGGAAACGCCACCAGUGGAUGGCCCUUUGCCCGAAAUCCAAAUCUGGAGAAUGACUCGUGUACCGUUCGGUACGACUUCAAGUCCGUUUCUUUUAUCGGCAACGAUCCAACAUCAUCUGAAGAAAGUCGAGGGACCCCUUAAAGAAACGGCAGAGAAGCUUAGAGAGUGCUUCUACGUAGACGACUUGCUCACAGGCGCUUCUACCGAAGCAGAAGCCGAACGACUGUACACUGAAGCGAACACCAUCAUGGAGCUGGCUGGGAUGGAUUUAAGAAAGUGGGCGUCAAGUUCAGCAGUUCUCAGCCAACGUUUCCAAGAGCACGACGACAGGUGUCCUGGAGGGUAUUAA